AUGACGCUUGCCAUGAAGCGCCUACACCCCAUGUACGAACAUCGACAGCUCGCCUUGACUAUGAUGUUGCACAUGGAGGUCGCGUCCCCGUGCCCCUGGACACUGAUGGAUGUUUUACUGGCCGACGCGGGUGCCUGCGACUUGGAUAUGGAUGCCGGCCUGGUGGAUCUCAUAUCACGCAGCAUUGCCCGUCUCGCGGACGGCGUCGCUGUCACGCCAAUGAUGGUGUUUGUGUUGGCGGACAUUGUAGCCCACCACGCCGGUAGAUUUGGACCCGACAAUUUCGACGCCCUGUUUCAUAUGCUUGACUGUGGGAAAAACACGACCGACGCGGAUCGUGUGGAGCGGACUAUUAAUGAUCUCGAGUGCAAGCUGAUUGUCGUCUUGGUGGCUCUUGACAUGAUGGAUGAUAGCGAAUGUAGUGCACCGGUCCCGGCGGACCGCCUGGCCGUUCUGGAACUCCCGUGCGUAGUUCUGACAUCCGAAUGUACCAUGUGCAAAGAUGAUACCGACACCGACAUGGGGUCUCUUAUGCCGUGCGGGCAUGUGUUCCACACCGCCUGUAUCCGGAUGUGGCUGGCUAUAGCCAAUACGUGUCCAAUGUGCCGCGCCGAGCUUGCAGAAUCCACCACAGUUACUAGUCCGACGCGGUACUCUGUGGUGAACCUGGGCGAGUUCAUAUGUUCCGGGUACGUGGCGGAACUCACGAUUGGGGUUCACGUUGACAACAUAUAUGUGACGAACCGCUACUAUGUCACCCACGACAGACGCGUCGUGGGUGAAGCCGGGGGUGCUGGAAAACGAUCCGGGGAGAUUUGCGACUUCGGGGUGUACCCAGACUAUCUGAUGCAUUUACCGGACGACGGAGCGAUUGUGGCCGUGCGUGAGUUUACGGAUCGGUCCGAGGUCCCCGAUGAUUUGGACUUGGACUUUAUGCGAGCCUCGCACGACAAGAUGCACUGUGACUGGUUUGUGUUUACCAUGGUGAAUGGCCGCGCGCUGAAGAGUGAUCCCGUCGACGUUAUCCGGAUUCAAAAUCUACCUUGUGCGGCGUAUACGCGAUAUAUAUAA